AUGGCUUCGGCGUCGCUAGGUGACGACGUGCGUAUCUCGUCAACACGCCGUGCGCCACUCACUGACCAGGAAGGCAGGUCUUCGAACAGCUCCGGAAACCCAUUGACCCCAAGGUCCUCGAACAACGCGACAAGGAAGUCAACGACCGUAAUCAUGCCUCAUAUGAGAAAGCAGAACGACGGCAGAAUGAGCUGGUAAGGCGUCAAUCUGCUGUGCUCUCGAAUGACUCCUGCUAAUCCGCUUCUAGAUCUCCAUCAACUCCACCGCGCCCGUCACUCUCUCUUCCGUCCGCGUCAUUGGCGCGCAAAAUACCCGCCAUGGCUUCCUCGAACGCAUCCUUGACCCAUUACUUACUCACAACCGCUCCAAUCAGUCCUACUAUACCCUUCGCGAAGCCCUCACGGAGAUCAGCGGCGCUGUGGACAAACUGAAUCGACUCGAUAUCUUCCAGCAGCCAAUCUCCACAUACAUUGAUCGGCCAGACCAGACAGAUCCAAGCACAACUCCUACGGACUAUGCCGUCUAUGUCACGGCGAAAGAGAGGGGAAGAUAUACCAUCAAGACUGGCACAGAAGCAGGAAGCUCAGAAGGAAGCGCAUACGUCAACGCUACACUGCGGAACGUCUUCGGUGGGGCGGAGAGAUUGAAUGCGAAUGCCAGCCUGGGAACAAGAACACGGAAUGCUUACAGUGCUACAUUCGACACGCCUAUCCUUUCCAAUCCGGACCUGCGCUUGGAGCUCGGAGCGCUGAAAUCCAGCACUAUCAAACCCUUCGCUUCCCACGAAGAGAUACUGCGAGGUGGACAAAGCCGCCUCUUAUGGCAGACCUCUCCCUACAGCAGGCAUGACUUUGCAUACAAUGGAUUCUGGCGACAGAUAACCGGCCUUGCUGAGAAAGCCUCACCAACAGUGCGUGCUGACGCUGGUGAUAGCUUCAAGUCGAGUAUCUCCCACACGUGGACGCACGACUCCCGAGAUAUCCCCAUGCUGCCUUCGCGGGGUUUCUUGAUGAAGACUGUCAGCGAGAUUGCGGGUGCUGGGCCCCUCAAGGGCGACGUGGCAUUCGGCAAGUUCGAAAUGGAGAGUCAGGCCGCGGUGCCAAUUCCGAUUCCUGGCAUUAAAGGCGACAGCGGAGUGUCAUUUACAGCAGGCCUCAGGACCGGCGUGCUGUGUCCGCUCCCGCUUGCCGGACAACAGCAUCCGACACAAAGCAGGAUCAGCGAUCGAUUCCAGCUGGGCGGUCCAACCGAUGUGCGAGGUUUCCGACUUUCUGGGCUCGGACCACGUGACGGCCAAGAUGCGGCUGGUGGAGACAUCUACGCUGCCGGAGGCGCUUCGAUACUCUUUCCACUGCCGCGAGUUGGCAAGGAGACUCCGCUUCGUCUUCAGGCCUUCAUCAACGGCGGAAGACUGCUGCCAUUGAGAGACAUGAGACAGGGCGAGGCGAAGGAUUCACCGAUGAGCAUGAACGACGUCGGCAAUGGGCUGUCGAGGUCUUUCAGCGAUCUCACAAGUAGCUUACCCAGCGCUGCCGCUGGCUUCGGUCUGGUGUACGCCCACCCCGCCGCCCGAGUGGAGAUCAACUUCAGCCUGCCACUGGUAAUUCGAAAAGGCGAAGAAGGUCGCAAAGGAUUGAGCUUCGGCGUGGGGCUCAACUUUCUGUAG